UUUGCAGAGUAUAUAAUGUCAACGACUCCAACAAGUGUAGCAGUUACCCAAGGCGACAGAAGCCAGCAGCAGCAGCACCAGCACCAGCAACAAGGCAUUCGAGUAAAGUACGGAAAAUGUAGCAUUGGAAAGCUGCUGAGCACAGCUGCCAUUUUGGUAGCCCUGCUGCUAGUCGUGGGCGCCAUCUAUAUGCAUGUAAUGCAAAAACAUCAUCUUGGUCGCCUAAAUAUUGAGCUGGCAGCGAAUAGAAACGAAGACGGCGAGGCGACACCCCCCUUCCAAGGGGUCACAAUGCCAGCCGUGGCUGCUUUAGGCACUCAGCUGCUUGGCGAUGAGUGUCUGGAGUGCAUCGCGGCGACAGCCACAGCAAAUAGACCGGCAACGUGCCAUUCAAAUCCAUGCAGCAUCUAUCGGAUCUCCAGGCCCUAUUGGCAGGAUGCGGUACGGCACGCAACAUACGUUGGUGCCGAUGGUAAUGUGAAUUUAUUGAAAGAACAGCUGGCUUUGCUUGACCAUCGAUUAAUCCAACGUAACACUAUUCCAGAUUAUGAGAUUUGCGUAUCAAAUCCAGGCUGUGCUACGGCAACUGUGCGCAACUUCAUAACUUCUUAUGCAAGGGAUUGCGAUGGUGAUGGAGUGAUCCGGUGUCGAGAUCACAUAAUGCUGCAUCAACUGGGUCCAACCGGAUGUGUGAUGAGCUCGCUGCCUGUGUUGUCCCAGAACCGCAUGACUGAUUGUCUAAAAGCGAAAGGCCUUGAAUAGAGAUGCGUCUCUUUUCCCU